AUGAGCUUAUUGCAACCUCUUUCAGUGCAGCUGAUUACUUUGGCACUUCCCUUCAGUGUUCAUCUCAUCCGCUACGCCCUUUUCAGUGUCCUGAUUACCUGUACCCGAAGAGGUUCCCUAUCCCGGUACUUUGGUAUUGGUACACUGGUAUUUCUGUCAGUAAUGGAAGGCGCUAGCGCAGUAUUACUUCCUUUAUAUCGCCCACUAGGGGCGUAUUUGGGUGCGGAUGCCUUCCUACAUACUUUACAUGCAGUCAACCUCUUGAUCCUCCUCGAGCUUGAUGGAGCAGACCUUGAAAGGGAGGGUCUCUUACACCCCCACGCGAGCCUGAGUAAGAGAAUUUGGAGCGGAGUGUAUCUACAAUUCAAUUAUCGAGGCAUUCGGACGAAGUGGCAGGUGAAGAACACACCGGAUUUCCUGCCCUGUUUGAAACACGCCAAGCGUCUAAGCCCAAAUCAAUUCUGCAUGAGGCAGAGCAUUAUUGCAGCAUGGCAACUCUUUUCUAUCGCCCUUACAGUCCGGUUUGUGCAGAGCAUUGUACCCAAUUCGACGACGUGUGGUGAAGUCCUGCCCUGGAUUAGGGAGUUCCUGCGAGCCUGGCAAAUCUACAUGCCUCUUGUAUGGAUUCUCCUCGCUCGCCCAACUCUUGACAUUGCUUUCCGGCUGAUCAGCGUUGCCUCCGUCGCCAUAGGCCUAACUACACCAGUCGAUUGGCCGCCUCUAUUCAAUAGCACACUGGACGCUUGGACUCUGCGCCGGUUCUGGGGGCUAUAUUGGCACCAGUGGCUGCGAUGGCCUUUUACAGCCAUAGCGACAUUCUUGGUGAGGAAGAUCUUGAGAAUUUCAAAACCAGGGCCGGUGUACAGAUACUUCCAUGUUCUAUGUGUCUUCAGUCUCUCAGGUAUCCUCCAUCUCAUCAAUGACGUCCUCCUGGGAGUUCGAUGGCGUGAAUCAGGCGCUCUGCUAUUUUACUGCAGUUUCACUAUGGGAUUUAUGAUUGAGGACGGUAUCCAGGAGCUGUGGCGUCACAUCACAGGAAAACAUGCAAAAACACUGUCAAACAGGAGUGAUAAUGAAGGGCAGUCAAAGGACACUGCCCAAACCAUCACUCCUCUGUGGAAAAGAUUGGUUGGAUUUCUGUGGGUAUGGGUCUGGAUGAGCAUGAUGACGCCGGUGUACAUCCAGCCAUUCUUGCAGGCGGUAUGCCGCCAUGGUACUGCAUCCGAUUUCCUUCGCAUGAUUCGAUAUCUGAAUCCUGAGAUUGGGGUAGUGUGUCUGGCGGCAGGAACACUGUUUCUUUGGCGUCACAUUGGUAUAAGCAUCUGA